AUGCUCAAAGGCAUAGUUAAAGCUCACUGGCCAGAACAGACUGAAAAGGGUGACAUCGGUCUUUGUUUUGCUGCUGAUAAGCUUUGCCGGAAUCUAAAUCCCAACAAAGUUGAUUUCUAUCCCGCUGAGAGACUCAUUGAAGUUGUACUCACAGCGAUGACACUAAAUUAUAUUUGGUAUUCCUUACUUCCCAAUUCCUUGUUCACAGCUCACUUUUUCGAUGAUCUCUGCCAACUUGCUCAUGAUGCAUACCUGUCAGAAUCUGGAAUGCUGUCAGAGACUGGAAUAUUGUCAGAGUCGGACAAACUGUCAGAAGAUGGAUGGAAGACGGAUUGGGUUCUGUCUGAGUUGAGGUCGGAGGUGAUGCAGAGGUCUGUUGGAGUGCGUGUGCGGAUAUAUGGGCGGAAAUAUGUGGCGCGUCCGGAAGUGCUGUUCAAGGUUAGCAGAGUGGGAUCGCAGCCUCAGCGACUCAGGUGGAGUGCUGUGCCCUGA